GAGUAAUUUGGAAGAACUUGUGUCGAAGAUGAAAGUGAGACAUGACGCCGAAGAAGAGCGGUGACGUUCGAAGAAAGAAGAAGAUGAUCGAAAGAAGAAAGAGGAGCAAGAAGAGAAACGAAGGAUGGAAGACCGUAAAGAGAGGGAUGAUUUUCACAAGAGGAUCGCGGGGGAAAUGAAUUCUCGAUUCGAUAAAGUAUGCGAAGUAUUAGAGACUAAGACUAGCAAAGAUAGCAGCGCUGAGAUUGAGAAACUUAAAGCAGAGGUAGACAAGCUUCGGAAGAUGAAGAGUAGUUCGCUGCCUUCAAGUAGUGGUGCAACGUCCGCCGAAGAUGAUACUGCUCGACGACUACGGGAAUUGGAGGAGUUUAGGAGGAAGACACAGGAAGAUGCCGAACGGAGAGUUUCUGCCCUUGAGGAGGAAGUUGUGUUGCUGAGACGUCUGCAUGAGCAUGCCACUAACGAAGCGGCUACUUGGAAACAUGAGGCUCUUCACCCCGGCAACAAAAGGGGUUGUGUUGUUAUUGAGGAAUCACCGAGUGUGCAUGCCCGUGUCCGACCUAGGUGUACUCCGAUGAAAACUCCAGCGGUGACGGCAGGACGUAGCGCGGAAGAGAAUACGAUGGCAGAUGUUCACAGGAAGGAAGUUCAAUUCCUUAAGGAGUUGCAUAGCAGAGAUUUGAAUGGCAGGCGAAUAGCGGAACUAGAAGUCAAGCGACUCAAGGAAGGAAAGGAAGCGUCUCAGCUGGAAAUCGAAAGGUUGAAAAGGGAGCUUGCGAAGAUGAAUAUGGGGAUGAAGGAGACUGGGAGCAAGGGCACUAAUCUGAAGACCAAACUUGAUGAAGCAGCCAAUGAUUCGGCACGGCGUGCAGAGAAAGGGAAGCAGCCAACCUCUAUGAGUAAACAAGCUGCACGGGCCAACAACAAAGAGGGUUUUAUGAUGGACGCUAGGCGUACACUGCAAGGAUUGAAGAAGGAUGAUAUCAAGGCGAUAUGUGACAAGGAAGGUGUAGCGUACACUACCUUGGAUCGCACCAAGGAGGAGAUUGUUUUGCAAUGUGCAGCCAAGGCCUUUGAAUCGACUUCCAAUCAGGCGACUAUCAAUGUUAUCUCCGAAGAGACCGAGGACGUUAGUGCGGAUGUUGCCCAUGCAGGUGAUUAUGACGCCAACUCUUAGCGACUUUCCCGAGCGUAAUUCACCUUUGGGAUCUUGCUAAACGGUGUAGGAAGAUUCGUUCUCUUUUGUGGAUUCUCUUCGUUGCAAAUCUUUGAAUAUCCUCUUCUGUUGGAUCAUUCUACUGUUAACCCUCUCGGGGCAGAUUCCGUGGACUGUUAAGUAUGCGAGUUACGUUGAGCGUUUGGUUGAUGAUCGUUUUGAUUUUAAUGCAUGCAAAGGACCGCUUGUCUAUGUUUUGGUGUCACCUUGAUGUAGGCAUACAUGCGUAGGAAGUACCACUAGGGAUUUGUUUACCAUAUGGGGUGAGCAUGUGUAUAUGGCAACUAGUAUGGUUGUUGCACAAGGAGGAAGGCGUAAUGAAAAGUUGUAUCAAUG